UUUUUUUUUUGACGGAAUGACACCGCCCUUCGAAUCCAUAAGCAACGGAUACAGGGUUUCUUUCUUUGCGUCGUUUUACAGCUCUAUAUUUUUUUUAUCUUUAGUACGAGUUCUACCUCGCUCUUUCUUAUUGGAUAUCAUUCCACGAGAGAUGUUGUCAAAUCUCAUUAUCUUGAAUGCUUAUUGUGCCAUUGCCGGUUUUCCUGGACACGCGGCGCUGGCUACAUUUGACGGGGAGGGACAGAGAAUCGCGCUGCGACAUGUCCGUUUUCCACGACGAAGUGGAGAUAGAGGACUUCGAGUACGAUGAGGAUACCGAGAUCUACAGCUAUCCGUGCCCCUGUGGAGACCGCUUCCUUAUUACGCGGGAAGAUCUGGAGAAUGGGGAAGAUGUGGCGACCUGCCCAAGUUGUUCACUUAUAGUCAAAGUGAUCUACGACAAGGAACAGUUCAUGUGUGGCGAAGAAAUCUCACCACUUACAGAAAGCAAAAAAUUAGUUAAAUGCUGAUAAUCAUUGAAGAAAUCAUGCUCUUCUUGAAUAGCGUGGCAACAAUUGGACAGAAAGGACACCUGUUCUGAAAACUUCAUGCUUUAUGCUUUAAUAAUUUAUUGCUUACCAGCAGCUACUUCAAUUCAAAGAUGAAUUGAUGUGGUGAAAAAAACUAUAUUUAUUUGGGCAAAUAAGUGAUAUUUGAAAGUAGUGAAUAAUCUAUCAAAUUUAAGACUGCACAUGAAGAUGGUAGACAUGCAUUUGGGUAUCAGGAAUGCUUGUUGAAAGCUUCUAUUGAAUCUGGACUCUUUGAUUCUUCUGACUAAAUACAAAAUGUAAACUACUGGUUUUGUGUUUUAACAAAGAAAAACUGCAGCUUUUUUAAAAAAGGAGACAGCAAAAUACAAACCUUCAAAUUACCAUAAUAUGCACCAUCUCUUAAUUAACUGGAACUAUAGGCUUGUUGAAAAACACAGUUUGUAGUUGUUUAUGAAAGACUACUAGAUAAAGAGCCAUGAUGUCUCAGGAGAGGAGUGGUAUUCCAGAAACGGAAGGCCACUGCAGAGAAGGUUUGCUAUCUAAUCCAUCCCCCACGUAUUUGUUCCAUAUGAAGGUAUGAUAUUCUCAACAGCCUUCUCUGGAUAACUGUCAUGCUCACUGACUUGGGUAAUAUCAAAGAGCAAAAACUAUAUAGAUUUCAUUAAUUAAGAUAUCAUUAAUGUGAAUUUUAGGAUAAAUGCAGAAUUUUGGAAACAGGAAUUUUUUGCCAUUAUUUAAACUGAAUUCAUUAAGAUGGAAUCUGAAUGAUUUGAAAUUCCUUUUCUUAGGUUUCUUGCUAUCUUAGCUGAAUUGCUGUUUAUAAAAUAAACUGCCAAGAGACCCUCUGUCUCUUGUUAAAUCCACUCCCCACAAUCUUUCCCACUAACUGGCUGAGCAAGUAAAUUCAAUUUUAACACACCAUUAUUUGAUUUAUCCUUUAUACUACAUUUAAAAUAACUUUACCACUAAUAGGGAGCCCUCUGACUUGAGUGAAGAAUCCACUGAUAACCAGUGCAGCAAUAUUAAAAACAGUGUUGCUUUUAACUGCUAUAUACCAACUGCACUUUUCUUAUUGUCUCAAAGGUAGCCUCACAUAAGAGUAUGUAGUAGAAUCCAGCUGCAGUAAUUAGGUGUGUUACUUAUGUCAGUCCACUCUAGUCAUGUAGAGUUGUAAACAUAAACUAAAGUCCCUGUCAUAGCAUCCACCUGAUGUUUGAAGCAGGGAUGACUACAGUUCAAAAACAUCCCUUGGUGGAAGAAUAUAAAAACCUGAAUCAAUACCAGGACUAAUAUUAGCAGAUUGGCUGGAUAUUUACUCAUGACUAGUAACUCUGUCUUGUAGGAUUUAAUCUCAACUUGUUUCUGUCUGUCAACUUGUUUCUGUCUCCAUCCAGACCCUUACAGUCUCUAGACAAGUUCAGAACUUUAAUGGUAUCUCCAGCUCCUGGGGUGAUGAUGCAAAUUAAAAGUAAUCAAAGUACUGAUGAAAAUUGAUCCUGAAGUGAUAUUUUCCAGUAGUAUUAUGUAGAAAUUUAACAAUUUCUAGGUGAGAGCACUCAGACCUCAUAUUGGGAUUCCAUGAACUUGAGCACUUUCUCUAUGAUCUCUGACUAAAAUUGCAGUUCAGAUAGGAGCACAGCAAUGGAAUCUCCAGUUCCCAACCCUUGUAGAUGGUCCAGAACAGUGAUGGGUUGCUACUGAUUCACCCUGGUUCGGGCGAACCUGUAGCUGUGGCAGCAGGAGGCUCUGCCCACCUGCAUGGAUGCUUCUGUGCAUGCACAGAAGCGUCACACACGCAUGCACCCACAAGCAAACUGAUAGCGACGGGAUUUGCAAUCCUAUACUGGUCCAGAGGGACACCAUGUUUCAUUGUAUCAAUUGCUGCUGAAGAAUUAAUAGGAUCCAGGAAGUUCACUCAACCAGUCUAGGGUUCAUCAGAACUAAAUGAAUCUUGAUCGGCAAAAGGCCCAGAUAAUACAUUUCUUCCAAGAUCCUCUCGAGUUGAUUUGCUGUCACCUUAAUAAGCUUCCCUAAAAAGUUGAAAACAAGAUAAAAUUUAUCAAGCAUAACUUGGUUCAGGUAUAUUCAAGACAAGAUCCACUACUGCAUUUAUCAAGGCAGGCAACAUUAUUGCCUCUCAAGCAUUGGUUACUUCCUUGAUUCCAUUCUCAGCUUGCCAGAUCACCCAAAAGACUUGGGAAAGUUGUGGCUCAAGCCCAGUGGCAAUGGAAUUAAAACUAGAGAACCUAUUCAGACCAAGGCCCACAGUCCAGCAUUUGUUUGUUUCAGUGGCCAGUCAGAUAGCUCUGAUUGGAGAUACAUAGUCCUCCCACUAUUACUCACCAAGAACUGAUAUAUGGAAGUAAUACUGAACCUUGGGGAUGAAUAAUUCCUGAUAGAUGUGUCUCCCAGUAUUUUCUCCAAUGCUCUUAUAAAGCUAUACUAAUCACUAUAGCAUAAUCUUAUAUUUUAUUACAUAUUCUGUAGUAGUAAGGACUCCCGGUGCUCCUUUUCACACUCUUUGUAGCAGGCUGGCGAUAAUAAGUCUCUUCCAAUGCGCACCAUAGUGACUAUCAGCCAGGAGUGUGUGAGUCUGAAGAACAGGUACUCUACCUAAAACACCACCUUAGUUUGAAUGUGUUGUAUCAAAAAUAACCUUUAUGGAAAAAGUUACAAAUACAUUGUGGUUUUGAAUAAAUGUGGUUUCAUCAUAGAAGCAAUACAUUAAGGAGGGGAUAUCUUAUGUAAAUAGUAUUGUUCCCUUACAAGAACAAUAUGUAGAAAUGAACAGUUCAGCCUUCCCCAAAUGCCAGUAAGCCCCAUAUCCAUUUAUCUUUGGCAGUUACCAGAGCAUUUUGAGAACCUACUUGGCUGCUGCUGUAAUUGUGCACCAAGAAAGUCCUUGGUGCACAUUAUCCACAAUCUGCCAAAUUUCUAUGAUGUGGCUGUUAAGGGACAGUAGCUUAACAAUAUAGAAAACUAUUUGUGUAAAAGAUAAAGGUUGUAUAUGAGUACGUGGUUGUGUAUGCAUCCUCUUCUAGAAUUACAACAGAGUGAUAAACUAGGGGUUAUUAAUUAACAUUAACAAAAUUUGACUAAUGAAAACUGAUCUCAUGUAGCUAUGGAAUUAUUAGUGUAGAGAAAAGUAUCAACAGGUUCAUUAGUAAACCAAAUUGUGCCCUAUACCCACCCACAGAAGAGCCCAAUGCUAGAUAUCUCCGUAAGGAAGUGAAAAUGGGAAAGGGGGAUUUUUUGUGUGUGUGAACUUGAUAGAAAGACAAGCAUCCAUUUCUCUGCAUGCUUCAGUUUUGACUAUUUUUGUACUGAUAUACCAAGCUGCCUUUUGACAAUGGGUUGUAAAUAAACAGCUUUUUGGAA